AUGGAAAUCAAAUUAAAGGAUGAUGGCUAUUCUGAUGAUCUGAUUACGACAUUGAACACUUUCCGUAAACGAGGCGAAUUUUGCGACCUUACUUUGAAAGUUGGCAACGAGAAAGUAUUUGCAUCAAGAGUAAUCUUAGCUGCUAAUAGUCAAUAUUUUCGAUCCAUGUUCUCUGGAGGUUUUUGUGAGUCUUCGUCGCCUACAACCGAGAUCGAUUUAACUGGUAUUGCUACAAGUAUUUCAAUUGUUGAACAUUGUAUCGAUUCAUUGUAUUCCGGG